GUUCGACUGCCCUGCAUCCAUGGACCAUAACCGCUUUCAGCAACACCUUCAUGACCUUAAUAUCUGGAAUAUUUGCCGCAUAUGAAUUUGACGAUGUUGAACAGUCGUCAACAUGUCUACUCGACUAUCCCCACAACAUAAUACUUAGUCUAUUGUGUUUCGCUUGACGCCUCGUUCGCAAACCUGGUGGAGAUAUCGUGAGGCACGAGGGUUUGCGAUUCUUCUCUGCUAUGUGGCGAUGAAGGAAGUUUUCAUACUGAAGGUACACACUAAUGGAGCGUUUGAUCUCCAGGACGAUCCCAGGUUUUGUUUUUUUAUGUUCAACUAUUGUUAUGGGUCUCCUUAUUGUCGCAUGUUGUGCGUUCUCAAGCCCCAACCUCGAAUCUGUCCAAUUGACCUACUCACCCCUCCAUCAGUCCUCAUGUUGACCUUGAUCUGGGACGUUAUUACUGGCUUUCUUGCCCUAGUCGCAGGUCUAAUAUUCUUAAUUCUCUCACUUACAUGCAAACUUAUCGUCCUCGUUCUGGAGCUUUGUUUCAUGAUCAUUUCUUUCCCGUUCCUUUGCAUAGCCGAGGGAUUUCUUUGCCUGAUGAGUGACCGUGACGUCGCAGAUGGGUUGCUCGAAACUCUUGUGGGCAUCGUCCCAAUGGGUUCAGAUGACGAUUCCGUGAUAAGUCUCGUGUAACAGUCAAGGGCAAGCGCGAAGAAGAUACGAAAGAUGGGAUUCUUCCGAUUCUCUUCCUGGUUGCUACUCGAUACUUGAAGCUUGAAACUUAAAACAUUCGCUUCACAUGUUCUUGCUUGACAAUACUUAGGGAGCUCUGUGGACGUACUUACUAUGUACGGAUAAUAUUGAAAUAUUUCGUCCAAACAAAUAUGUUCUUCAAUCUGCUGGGUUACUCUUAGGCUACCCACUGUAGGCUAUGGCCACAAUCAGUUUAACAAGCUGAUUAGCGUAGCAAGAAAGAUAAUCAUGGGCGCUUGCAC